AUGGGCGCUGCGCGGAGUAAACCCGCUCGCGAGGCCCCGGUAAGGUAUGUGGCUAAGCAGCUUCCUCGUGUCGACUCCACACCGGUUGAGCGACAGUUUCAGAAACCGGAAUUUACGGCGAAGGGUAUCAACAAACGCCUUGAUGAUGUCAACACUGAACCUCUGAUGUACGUUGAGACGUCAAAGGACGCCAGCAGCACGGAGCUCACCGACCACACCGCUCCCCGGUGGUACCUCAACACGUACAUGGAAAUGGUGGACAAUCAGCGGACUGAUCAGGUCAUCAUCACAGGUAAUCUUCCCCUCUCGUGGGAGCGUGAUAAGUUUGAACCAUAUGCUCUUGUGCGUGGUCGUAUUGACGAUGAGGAUCUCAAGUGGGUACUGGCCCCAGAGCAGCGGAGCAAAGGCGUUGACGCACUCGUGGAGUUCACGAAGCUGGAGAAGAGCACGCUACAGGACGUGCUUGACACCGUGGAGUUGCCACGCACACAAUAUCGUAACUACAAGGGUAAACUUCAUAAGUCCAUUGAUGAUGCGAACACGCAUCUCGCUGCAAGAAAACAGCAGAUUGAAAAGGCGCGUGAAACGGAAAUUUUACGCAAGAUUGGCUAUAGCGAGGAGGAGAUUAUGAAAGAGGAGCAGUAUCUCACCAACAGGACACGAGGGGUAAAGACGUUGGAUGAGUUGGGUGCCAGCCUGCGUGAGAGAAAGCGAAAGGAGCGUGCAGCAACUGUCAACGAGAUGGAGGACUUGCUGGAAGAGCGUCGUGUGCAGCAGUUGGAGGCUGGUGAAGCAGUGUUCACUGACGAGGAACUCGUUGAGAGGCCAGAAGAGCUAUGUCUCAAACCGAAACCCUAUGGUACGAGAAAGCAGGUAUAUCGUCACAUAUACGCAGCAGACAUCGGGAAAGAUGGGGUCAAUCAGGUUAAAUUCCAAUGGUGGCUCGAUCGGACGCGACGGAUAAAGCGUGCCGUGGACACUAUUCAUGGUGUUCCUGUGUACAACGAACGGCUUUCGGCCAACGAAGAGCAAACGCGAAAGCAAAUGCGCGAGGCCGCAGAGUUUAACUUCUCUCUUUCUCGAGCGCAAGGCGCUAAAGGUUUUACAGAUCCGCGGGGUCAUUAUGAGCAAUUCACAUCGGUUCUUCGUGACAACAAGGGACUGAACGACGAUAGUCGUGUUGAGGUGCAUGAGGACGGCGUACUCGAGAACGAUAUUUAUAGGUUUCCCCAUACAGCGGGCCACGGCCCCAAACCCCCACCCAAGAGAUUUUCUGACAAGGGGGAGGGUACCGAACGGGUCUGUGUUGAUAUCCACAAGUUGCACGAUGACGACGACGCGCGGGAAUCCCUUAAGCGGGGAGUGCGCGCAGCCAGGGAGGUUUUUAGGCAGCAUGUCACUGGGGUGGUCAAGCCUGAGGAAUCGGGAGAGAGAGCGACAGAUAAGCAACCUCCGCCAUCGUGUGAGGAUCCACCUAAAUCAGGCUAG